UUGAAGAAAGUUUUAACCUUCAAGCUUCACAUGAUAUUAUGGAGUUUGGAAUAUCUUUGGAAGCAUUAAAAAAGUAUGACCACUUUGAGUUUCCAGGAGUUGUUCCUCGCACUUUCGUUGGUUCUUUACUUUUGAGUUUAGUUAGUUGGCCAACUAGCAAAACUUUAGAGUUGCUGAUCCCUCACCUUAGUAAAUUUACUCGCCAAUAUAUAGUACGCUUCUUUCUUGGUAUAUCUACCAGUUUUGCUCUAUCUUAUUUUCGAUCAUCUAUUGCUAAAUAUUUUGGAUAUCGGGUUUCUGUCGCCUUUGGUAUUCUUAGUGCUUGUCAAUUUCAUACCAUAUUUUGGGCAAGUAGGACAUUGCCAAACAUGUUUGCUUUUCCGCUAGUAAUUUUUUCUUAUUCUUAUUGGAUUUCUGCGAUUAAUUCCUCUGAAUCCAAUCGAAAAUUAUUACCAAUGAUACGUUAUAUGAUUUAUACGGCGGUAAUAUUUCGGUUUGAAGUAGGAGUGCUACUUGCUGUUAUUGUUUUGUUUGAAUUGUGGAUUGGAACUUUAAAUUUUUUUGAUACAUUAUGGGUUGGAGUUAUCUCUGGAGCGACAAGUUUGGGAAUUUCUUGCUUAAUCGAUAGUUACUUUUGGCAAACUCGACUUAUGUGGCCAGAAGGUUAUGUUUUUUAUUUCAAUGCCAUUCUCGGAAAGAGUGUUGAGUGGGGGGUGCUACCUUUUAAUACAUAUUUCACCGUAUUUCUCCCGAGACUAUUGUUGAUGUCUCUUCCGUUAUGCAUAUUUUCGGUAUUUUCUGAUUUCCGUACGCGUAGACUCUUAACACCUAUGCUUGCUUUCAUAGGUGGAUUCUCUUUCCUUGGUCAUAAAGAAUGGCGGUUUAUCAUUUAUGUGGUACCGAUUUUCAAUUUGUGCGCGGCGAUCGGAUGGAUAAAAAUUCAUAAUUAUCCUGGUGGGGUAGCCUUACAAAAAAUACAUGUCAUUCAGAGAGAUUAUUCCCAAGCACGGAUACAUCUUGAUGUAUAUACUGCGAUGACUGGUGCAUCCAGAUUUGGUCAGCUGCGGCAUGACUGGAUGUAUUAUAAGAACGAAUCACAUUCAUUGCCUACUGAUUACGUGGGAUAUACGCAUCUUUUAACUUCUACACCUCACUUUCACGGAGCUUAUUUCGAAAUUAUUGAUACCGUAUAUGGUUACGAGAGAAUACUAUUGAAAAAUCCAACAAGUACUAUCAUACAAAAUUGGCUUAAAUCAUUCCAAAACUUUGAUUUAAAAAAUGUGAAAAAGUUUUUGGAAUCCUUAUUGCCAGUGCAAAUUGUCAUAGAACCAAAGGUGUGGAUAAUGAAAAGGCAUAACAUUUCUGAUUUUACAGAAGGCGAACAUCUAUUCUGA